AGCAUGUAUUCUGGUUGUGGCUAACACCACUUACCUCCUAAAGUGAUUUAAAUAUAUUCUACUUAAACAAACAAGUUUAUCGUCCACAAUCAGUUGCCAUUUUCACAAAGACUUGACACAUAGCUUCCUUGAUACUAUGAAUAUGGAAAAAGUUGGCACUGCAAACGGUCGUACUUGCCGAAACAGCAAAAUCAUUUUGUACGUUUGGUGAGAAACUAUACACUCACUGAAUCCAGAUGUACGGUUAUGUGACGGAGGCGGCGUACGGUCUUUCUUGGUCGCUCAUGCCCGUCCACAUUACUCGUGCUCGCCAGGCUUCGACGCGUGAGAAUCCGUAUAUUUACUCGUAGUGUGUAUAGGCUGUAGUCUUAUUUUAAUUUAUUGGCAAUAGUUUUUAAAUUAAAAAUUUAAAAUGGAUGAAGUUGUAGUGAGUGCUGCGAGUUUCCUAGUGAUACGCCUGUUAGGUCAGGAACAAGAACGAAGACGCAAGAAACUACCUAAAAAACGCAGAUGGUGGAUGACCACAGUUUUCAAAAGUCGGGAAAUAUACAGUGGAAGUGAUUCCUUGGAGGCCUUGGGAGUGGAAAAUUUACAUUUCAAGACAUUUUGCCGUAUGUCCUCAUCAGAUUUUGAAGCUCUAAUAAAUUUGGUGGGACCGAAGAUAGCAAAGGCUGACAGCACAUUUCGAAAAGCUAUUCCAGUUGUAAAGCGAUUGGCACUUACCCUCAGAUACCUAGCAACUGGCGACUCCUACUCCAGUCUCAGUUUUGUAUUUAAAGUCUCCAAGCAAGUGAUAUCAAACAUUCUUCCUGAAGUAUGUGCAGCACUUCUUGACAGUUUGAAGGAGUUUGUAAAGAUACCUCAGACACAGGAUGAGUGGUUGCUGGUAGCUGAAGAAUAUGAGAGAAAAUGGAACUUUCCUCAUUGCGUCGGUGCAAUGGAUGGCAAACUUUGCGCAGUACAAUGCCCAGCUAACUCUGGAAGUGACUUUUUCAAUUACAAGUCGUUUUUCAGUAUUGUUAUUUUUGGUCUAGUGGAUGCUGACUACUGUUUUAUGUAUGCUGAUGUGGGCUGCCACGGUCGAAUUCCAGACAGUAGUGUUUUUCGAAAUACAACUUUUUUUAAAAAUAUGGAGAAUGGUAUAGUCAUUUUCCCGGAUGCUCAUGCUCUCCCAGGAAGACAGAAAGGAGUACCCUAUGUCAUUGUCGCAGAUGACGCGUUUCCCCUAAACAAUCAUAUCAUGAAGCCGUAUUCUGGACAGCAGCACGGGGGAUCAAGUAAGCAUAUUUUCAACUACAGACUUUCAAGAGCACGUCAGAUCGUGGAAAAUGCGUUCGGAAUACUUUCUUCUGUGUUCCGAGUACUAAGAAAGCCUAUAUUACUGCAGCCUGAGAAAGCUCAAAGUGUUAUUAUGGCUUGCAUAUACCUGCAUAAUUUCUUGCGAAAAAGCUGUGAUUCCAGACAAAUUUAUACUCCUGGGGGAGCACUCGAUCAUGAAGAGAAUGGACACGUAACUCGUGGAACAUGGAGAAAUGAGAUCACGACUGCUACAACGUUUACGCCAUUACCAACCAUUUCGCGACAGUCAACUCAGACUGCUAAUGACAUUAGAGAUGAAUUUGCUGCUUAUUUCAUGUCCGAAGAUGGGAGAGUGCCAUGGCAAGUUGAUUAUCAAUAAUUUUUCAAGAAUUUAUUCUUACUAUUCAUUUACCAGAUACCUAGGUACAUUUCAAGUAUCUACUAAUAUGAGUUUUUACCUUUAUUUUAUAUUUUUGUAACUAAUUAAAAUGUUCCAGGCAUGAACACACCUACAUUUCGUGAAUGAGUUAACAUUUUUUUCUUCUUUGAUUUUCUUCCAAAAUAAAUAUUGUGUAAAUUACAAGUUUUGACUAUGAAACUAGUUUUACUUACUUCUGUGUUGAUUGUCUGCCGAGGUUGAUAUCUGUUGUGAAGAAAUGAGAAGGCUUUGUAUGCAAACCAGUUUGGGGUGUCCACUUCGUCAGCUCCAGAUCGUGAUUUUCCAGCAGCACUAAGCUUCUGAUGCACUUUCCGAUAACUAUUGUGUAUGCUGUAAGUAUUGUGGCAUGCAGACCCAUUUCUAGGCAAGAGCUGCUGCUAAGUAAGGGCUCCACCAAUAAACACGAACACAGCAAUUCCACGACAGUUGAAUUGCAGCAGAGGAGUUAGCAAGUGAAGUUAAUGAAGAGUUGGUUAGAGGACUGGCUGCAGUUUAGUCAUUGUGAGAAGCUGGUAGCCGAGCCUGGUAACAGUUCAGAACCCAGAGGAAGGAGGACGUGCACUGUUGGAAGCUGCUACCAAGCAACGACAGUAAACACGUGAUUGUGAAUACUAGUGUGUAGUCACGCGCUGUAUCAAAGGCUAAAGAUUCAUUAAAUCCGAUUAACAAUCCGAACCCUGUCUAUAGUCACACUGUACAUAUGACAAUAUCUGUGUCAAGGAAGGGAAGGGUGUCGUUUCUUUUCGUCUCCAUGGUGAACUGAAUUUUCUAGUGGACACUCUUCAGUGGUCAAGGAAGCACUUCAGGCUGUCGGGUCUGUGUGGUCAGAUGAUGAGUCGUCCACGUAACCGACAGUGGGCAGCCAGAUCAACUGCCAUCUCCUUGAAGUCCUCCUUAAAGAAGUUGGUGAUGAGCGGAGAUAGUGCUGAAUGCCGUAAUUUUUUUCAUAGAACUGCACAGCAUCCAGCUACA